AUGUGCCUUUUAUGCAACAAAGUUUUGGGCAAUGACGCUAUGAAACCAUCUAAACUGCAAGAUCAUCUGAGAAGAUGCCACCCUGAUAAAACAGAGAAAGAUUUGAAAUACUUUCAAACACUCAAAGAUAAAUUUCAGAAGAGACCUACACUGGACAGAAUGUUCGCUUCGACGUCACAAAGAAAUGAUGAUGGUUUGCGGGCGUCUUACAAUAUCUCGUUACUUAUACCAAAAUCCGGAAAACCGCAUACUAUCGGAGAGAAGUUAAUUUUGCCAGCCGUUGGAGAGGUUUUAAAAACUGUUUUACACAAACCUGCAUCUGAGAUCAUUAAAAGAAUCCCCUUAAGCAACAAUACUGUUGAAAGACGUAUUGAUGAAAUGAGUUCUGCUAUUGAAAGCUUCUUAUGUAAUUACUUGCAAACGACCCAUUUCUCUAUACAACUGGACGAGUCAACUUUACCUGAUAAUGCAGCAUUAUUAUUGGCAUAUGUUCGUUUUAUUAUGAAUCAAGAAAUCUACGAAGAACUGCUCUUCGCAAGAACUUUGAUAACCGACACUAAAGGUGAAUCAAUGUUUCAUGUUUUGAAGGAUUACUUCAUUGAAAAAGCAAUUCCUUUAUCAAAUAUAAUAUCAGUAGCUACAGAUGGAGCACCUGCCAUGGUUGGACGUUAUCGUGGAUUUAUAAGCUAUUUAAAACAAAAUGUGUCAGGGGUGUUAGCAAUACAUUGCGUCAUCCAUCGACAACAUUGA